GGAGCGGCGGACGGCAGUGUGCUCACAGGGCGCAUGUGGAGGCAGCGACCUGCUGAAUGAAACCAAGCAGAAGAAAUCAACUAAACUUCGCAUUAUUUUUUCCCGCGUGGACUAACGGCACUUUUUUCAUCAAUAAACUUGGUGUGUAAAGUAGUGAAAGUUGGACGCCUGUCAGGAGAUUUUUAGGCAUGGACUGAGCGACAGGAAUAUCGAGGAAGAGCGCUCUCUUCCCUGCUCAUUUAUCUGCACAAACACCCGCUGCGGAAAAAACUGGAUACUUAACGAAAACUUCACUGUAGAGAGGAGUAAACCGGCGCGCUGAGUGACCGAGGAGUUGUACCCAGAGCAAGGUUUGGACAAACCCUCACAGGAGCCAUGGAAAGACUGGAAAUGGCAUGAAAAGGAAACUGAACUGUAACAGGUUGUAUCCACAACUAUGUGUCUUUAAACCCAAGCUGCUGGGAGGUCAAGAGGUGACAUGCCUCUGUAAAACACCACUGGAAACAAAUGCUCUGCCGCCAUGCCUCCGGGGAUGGGGCGUCAUCUUUCAUCGUCAGCAGCCAAAAUGCUUCUCUCUCUGCUGCUGCUUGCCACUGGCUGUCCCUUAACUUCAUUGUCCAGUGGCAUUGUCCAAGGAUCAGACUCAUACCCAUCCAAUCUUUAUCCUACCUUUGUCCGAAAUGACACUCUGUUUGAGCACCUGGCCCUGCAUCCUGACCCCAGUGUGGGUCGGGUCUACGUUGGGGCCCGAAAUCAUCUGUUCCAGUUGGAUCGAUUUCUCCAACCUGAACUCCAGGAUGACACUGGACCCGUCACGGACAGCCGGGACUGCUUGCCUCCUGUAACUAAAACUAACUGCCCUCAGGCCCGAGAAACCAGCAACCACAACAAACUCUUGUUGGUCAACCCUUACUCUAUGGAACUUAUAACCUGCGGGAGUGUCAACCAAGGAAUCUGCCAGAAGCGUAGCCUGGAUUCUGUGGAUCAAGUACUUUUCUCCACUGAGAGGCCGGUGGAUACUCAAUAUGUAGCAGCUAACCACCCUAAUGUUAGUACUGUUGGGCUUGUGGUUCGCUCUCACCCCGAAAGGCAGCCAGUUCUGUUUGUGGGUCGGGGUUACACCAGCAGCCAUCCACCUAUUUCUACACGAAACCUUGCCCAGGAUCCUAUCUUUUCCUAUGAGGAGACUGCCAAGUUGGCAGUGGCUGGGCGCCUCUCCGAAUAUGACCAUCAUUUUGUGGCCUCAUUUGCUCACCGUCAGCAUGUGUACUUCCUUUUCUAUAGAAGGGACCUGCAGUCACCAUCACGAGAGUACAGUACCUACAUCUCUCGUGUAUGUUUGGAUGAUCAGGCCUAUUACUCCUAUGUGGAAGUACCUUUGAUGUGUCGUUCUAGGGCAGGUAAAAUUUACAACCUCCUGCAAGCUGUCCAGCUGGGGCUCUCCAAAGAUGAUGUAGGGAGCCACGGUUCAGAGAUUCUUUUUGGGGUUUUCUCCACUCGUUUGGCUUCUUCAACUCGACCCAGUGAGGAUUCAGCUCUUUGCAUGUUUAACCUUGAAGAUGUAGACCGCAGGAUCGACUCGACCAGAGACUUAUGCUACACACAGAUGGGUAAAGAAGCAGGAGUGGAGGCGGCCUACAUUGAAUAUGAAGUCAAAUCCAACUGUGCCAAUCUACCAGAGAACACCCUGGAUGCCUACCCCUGCGGCUCUGACCACACCCCCAGCCCCAUGGCCAGUCGGAUUGCUGUGGAAGUAGAAACGAUAUUGGAUAGCCCUUCUGCCCGUCUUACUGCUGUGGCUGUCAGCGUCAGGGUGGGAUAUACCAUUGUCUUCCUGGGAGACUCCAAAGGAAAUCUGCACAAGGUGUUCUUGGGGCCAAAUGGUGAGGUUGAGGAGUACUCUGUGAUCUGCAUACAGCAGAAUGCAGCCAUCAGUUCAGAUCUUAUCCUGGAUCUGAAACAGGAGCAUCUCUUCAUCAUGACCCAUAACAUGUUGCAGAAGAGGCCAGUGGCUGAAUGCCAGCAACAUCCAGACUGCCACUCCUGUCUGCUGGCCCAUGACCCUUACUGUGGCUGGUGUGUCCUGCAGGGAAGGUGUGUGUUGCAGUCACAGUGUCCUCGUGGGAGCCACCCAGGCCAGUGGUUGUGGAGUUUUGAUAUGGAGCAGCAGUGUUUGGUGGUCCAGGACCUCAACCCAUCCAAUCUGAGCAGGGAGGAGAGCAGGAUGGUGUCUCUGUUUGUUCCAGGACUUCCAGUGUUAAAAAAAGGGGAGUCAUACUCUUGCUUCUUCCAGAGCAGCCAUAGUCCUGCUACUGUCACUGAAACCGGGGUCACCUGCCAUUCUCCUGACAUGAGCGGGGUACCUAUGGUUCUUCCAGGACAAGAUUUUGUCACAGUCACCUUGUCUCUACGAUUUGGCAACGUCACGGUCGCAGCAAGGGAUUUUACCUUCUACGACUGCACAGCCGUUAAGCAGCUCUCUGGCAGCCAGCCAUGCCAUGGUUGUGUUUUGAGCCAAUGGGGGUGUAACUGGUGUGUCCACCAGCAUUCAUGUACCCACAAGCCUACCUGUAAGGAGGGAGUGAUCAUCUACAACCAACAUUUUAAACUGCCCACCUCUUCUCCUCCUACAACCAAAACUAUUAAAGUCAUCACAACAGCCACUACCACAACAGCUACCCCCACAACAGCUAGUGCCAUGACAACAACAACUGCAGUCCUUCUCACCAUAGUUACCACUCAGGAGCCAACCACCCCUCCUCCUCCACACACUAGCCCUCUGCCAACCCACCCAGGCACUACCCUGCCCCCUCAGCCUCCCACUCUACCACCCAGCACAGCUCCAGGCCUGGAGGUCACCACCAGAAAAGAAGAGGGUGAAGCCUCCGAGAUGAUUGUUGUCACACACAGUAACUUGGAAGAGGGCGCACUUACACCCAGUGUCAUCAUGGCUGCAGCAGAGUUAAUGCCCAUCACUGUGGCUGAUGGUCUUAGUGGAGAUCCGGACACUCUCAUGCCUCUAAUGAUCCCAGACUCCUCCCCAUUGGAGGCGGUGACGGGCUUGCCCCCCAGUGAACGGCAGGCAGCCGGAGAGACAGUGACCCUAGAAGAGUCUCCCACCAUGGCUAGGUCUGGCUUUCCCCUGCCCACACUGUUCCCUGUGGGUGAACCAGCUGACUCUGAGCACUUCCUGACCCAAACUCCCACACUGCUACCGCUGCAAGACUUGCACACUGAAGCAGGAAGCCCAACCGCUGACCCUAAUGUACCUCUCUGGCCAGAAGAAGCAGACCACGGCACCAAGGGUGCCGUCCAGGCAGAAAAUGAUACAGCUACAUUUUCAGCUGCCACCGUCCUCUCAGGUGAUGGGGAGGUUGACCACAUCCCCCAGUCCUACCCCCAGCUGCUGAAUACUGAUUCAGAGCUAGACUACCAGUACGAUCCAUCUGAUGGCUUCCUCCCGGGGGAUGAGGGCUCCUAUGUCAGCUGGGGCUCCUCAGCCUGUCCCUGUGUUGAAAAGGUCCAGGGUUCAUCACUGCUCCCUGUCAGAGUGGAGAGAAAGAUCACUUUACUGGCACACAACCUCCAUCUCUAUCAGGAUGCAGAGCUGGACUACGAGUGUGUGUUGGUUAUUGAGGGGCAGACAGUGGUGGUAGAUGCCUUUGUGGAGCCCGAUGACACGAAUCCAUCGAACUUUGACAUCACGUGUCAACUACACCAGUACACAUACUCAGCUCCAGUGCAGGAAUAUAAUGCCUUGGUGUAUGUGAAGAGGAGGGACACCUUCCAUGUAGACAGUUCUCGUGAUCUCUACGUGACUCUGUACAACUGCUCUGUGGGUCGAUCUGACUGCAGCCGUUGCCACACAGCAGACCAGAAAUAUGGCUGCGUGUGGUGUGGUGGUCCCCGGGCCAGCUGCUUGUUUUCAGACUCCUGCAGUGAACCUGUGCAACAGACGUGCCCUGCCCCCGUCAUACACUCUAUUCAGCCGCUCUCUGGCCUGUUGGAAGGGGGCACCAUGUUGACCAUCUCAGGCUCCAACCUGGGUCAGAAGGCUGAAGAGAUCCUCCACUCUGUGUUAGUAGCUGGGGUGCCCUGCACAGUGAUUCCCAGCCUCUAUGAGGUCUCCUCUAGAAUUGUGUGCAGGACCAAGGCCAGUGGAGGACAGAAGGUGGGCCAUGUGUCUGUGACAGCGAGCAGAGGAGAAUUUGGCCUCUCCAGCCAGGCAUUCAGCUACCAGGACCCAGUUGUGAUGGGGGUGUCACCUGAAAGGGGCCCCAAGGCUGGAGGAACAUCCCUGAAUAUCACUGGCCAAAACCUUCUGACAGGCCGCCCUGCUGACCUCACUAUCACUGUCGGGGGGGUCCCCUGUAACAUUGCAUCAGAGGUGCAGAGUUCCAGUGUUCAGUGUGUGACAGGGAGCAGUAAUAAAACAGGAGAUCACAGGAUCACCCUGCAUUACGGCAGCAUCCAGCGUCACCUUAGCAGCCCCGCCUACCGCUACACCAACAACCCCAACAUUACCCGUGCCGAGCCAGCCAAGAGCUUCCUGCAUGGUGGUCGACUGAUCAAGGUGUCAGGCUCCAACCUGGAUGUGGUGCAGGAUCCUCGAAUGGUGGUGACUCUCUCCCGCUUCCAGUCCAUCAGCCAAAACAAGAAGAGGAAGCGGCGGGGGAAGAGGAGCACAGAGCGAAGGGAGGAAAGUGAGAAGGGACGGCCGGCUAGGAUGGUUCCUGACCUUGUCUGUCCUGGAGACCCAUUCUGCUCUGUUCAGCAGUUCAUUGAGCGCUGUGAGGUGAACUCUUCCUCCCUGAUCCUGUGCCGCUCUCCAAUGGUGGGAUCUUCCAUCUGGUGGUCACGGGUCACUGUGGAGUUCUUGUUAGACAAUCUGCGCUUUGACUUCAGGAGUUUGAACUCUGAGCCAUUUAGCUAUGAGCGUAACCCCACCCUGCAGCCUCUGAACCACCAGGACCCUCUGAAAGCCUACCGCUACAACCCAGGCAGCUUCAUCCAGCUGGAGGGGGAACACCUGGACCUAGCCAUCACUAAAGAGGAGGUGGUGGUGUUGAUUGGUGAGGGGGUGUGCACUGUGAAGACCUUGACCAGCAACCAUCUGUACUGUGAGCCACCUCCUCAGCAGCCAGCACCAGGACAGAACAGCAAGAAGAGAGAGGGCUCCGACAAUCUGCCUGAAUUCACUGUCCAAAUGGGCAACCUUAGCUUUUAUCUUGGCAAGGUUCAGUACGACAACCUCAGCCUGCCCACCUUCCCACUGGAGGCUCAGAUUGGAGUUGGGGUUGGGGCCUCCAUUGUGGUCCUCAUUGUCCUCAUAAUUGUGCUUAUCUACAGGAGAAAGAGUAAGCAAGCUCUCAGGGACUACAAGAAGGUCCAGAUCCAACUGGAGAACCUGGAGACCAGCGUGAGGGACCGCUGCAAGAAAGAGUUCACAGACUUGAUGACAGAGAUGAUGGAUAUGUCCAGUGACCUGGUGGGCUCAGGUAUCCCCUUCCUGGACUACCGUAUGUAUGCUGAGCGCAUUUUCUUCCCUGGCCACCGAGAGUCUCCUCUGAGGCGAGACCUGGAUGUUCAGGAGUGUCGGCGACAGACGGUGGAGCAGGGCCUGGUGCAGCUUUCCAACCUUCUCAACAGCAAACUCUUCCUCACCAAGUUCAUUCAUACUCUGGAGAGCCAGCGGACCUUUUCCCCCCGAGACCGAGCCUAUGUGGCCUCCCUGCUGACAGUGGCGCUACAUGGCAAGCUGGAAUAUUUCACAGACAUCCUCAAGACACUCUUGAAUGACCUAGUGGAGCAGUAUGUGGCCAAGAACCCCAAACUGAUGCUACGAAGAACAGAGACUGUGGUGGAGAAGCUGCUUACCAACUGGAUGUCCAUCUGCCUCUAUGCUUUCCUCAGGGACUCUGCAGGGGAGCCUCUGUACAUGCUGUUCAGGGCCAUAAAGCACCAGGUAGAUAAAGGACCGGUGGAUGCUGUUACUGGCAAAGCCAAGUACACCCUCAACGACAACCGCCUGCUGCGAGAGGACGUGGAGUACAAAACCCUGACACUGAAUGUGUUGGUGCAGGGUGGAGGAGUCAAUGAGACCCAGCCUCUGCCCUCCAAAGUACUGGACUGUGACACCAUCACCCAGGUGAAAGAGAAGCUACUGGAUCAGGUGUACAAAGGCACCUCCUUCUCACACCGGCCGCACGCUGACUCACUAGACCUGGAGUGGAGGUCAGGCGUUGCCGGUCAUCUCAUCCUGUCAGACGAGGACUUGACUUCGGUGGUUCAGGGCAACUGGAAACGCCUCAACACGCUUCAGCAUUACAAGGUCCCAGACGGUGCAACGGUGGCACUGGUCCCUCGUCACACCAAACACAUUCACCAUGACAACCAUGACUAUGUAGCAGGCGAGAAGACUCCGAUGCUGGAGGAUGCAGAUGAAGGUGGAGUGAGGCUGUGGCAUCUGGUCAAGGCCAGCGAGGAGCCUGAGUUGCCCAAACACCGCAGAGGCAGCCUGAGGGAGAGAGAGAGGGCCAAGGCCAUCCCUGAAAUCUACCUGACCCGCCUGCUGUCCAUGAAGGGGACGUUGCAGAAGUUUGUGGACGACCUGUUCACGGUGAUCCUGAGCACCAGCCGUCCGGUCCCGCUGGCUGUCAAAUACUUUUUUGAUCUGCUGGACGAGCAGGCGACACAACACGGCAUCUCCGACCCAGAGACCAUCCACAUUUGGAAGACCAACAGUCUCCCUCUGCGUUUCUGGAUAAAUAUUGUGAAGAACCCCCAGUUUAUCUUCGACAUCCAGGCGUCAGAUCAUGUGGACGCUGUGCUUUCUGUUAUCGCCCAGACCUUCAUGGACUCGUGCACGAUUGCAGAGCACAAGCUGGGCCGGGAUUCACCCAUCAACAAGUUGCUGUAUGCCAGAGACAUCCCCCGCUACAAACAGAUGGUGGAAAGGUACUAUGCUGACAUUAGGCAGACUAUCUCGGCCAGUGACCAGGAGAUGAACUCUGCUCUAGCUGAACUGUCCAGGAACUACUCGGGAGAACUGAACUACCUUGUGGCACUGCAUGAACUCUACAAGUACAUAAACAAAUACUACGACCAGAUCAUCACGGCGCUGGAGGAGGACACCACGGCCCAGAAGAUGCAGCUGGGUUAUAGACUGCAGCAGAUCGCUGCUGCAGUGGAGAAUAAAGUCACUGACUUGUGAUGGAGGAGAAAUCCGUCAGCAUUACAGCGGUAACACCUGCCACUGUUACUGCACUCAGCGUGGGGCACCCUGGCAGUUGAACUGAAAAGCAGGCGAGACGGACGGACUGAGGGCAAGAGAAACUCUUAUUUGGGGGAGGAAAUGAUUUUUGUGCGGGGGUGGUGGGGGUGAAGGGUUGGAAUUAGAGUUCACAUCCCAGCGCCUUUAGUGUUUUUUGGUGACUGCGAACAGAGCUUCAGUGUGGACACUGUGAGACCCCUGUAGAAGCAGGACACUGAAGAGGGAAAAAAAAAGAAAAACCUCAACGAAGUGGACGUGUAAAAGAAGCCAGUCUGUUGCUCUGUUCACUUUAUGAAGAAGAACUCGUUGGAGUGUGUGUUUUAUAUCUCUACAGAACGUGCUGGAGUCAAGAGGUACAGAAAAGCUGGUGGACAGCCUGCUGACUCAGUUUAUGAAGCGGUACCUCUUAUGCCUUGUGUACUUGUUGCUGCUGUAUGGUCAGAAGUUAUUUCUUUCUGUGUGUAUGUAUGGUUUUUAUAUAUAUAUAUGUGUGUGUGUGUGUGUGUGUGUGUGUGUGUUGUGGAUGUGCAGUUAUCCAUACUCCCCUGGCUGUUAAACUACAUUGUUUUGCCACAGUUUAGGUUUCUGUACAACGUGGUGAAGUAAUCGGUUCUUACAUUUUGGAUCUAAGAAUGAAAAGUAAACAGAAAACUGAAUUUUAAGGUCCUUUUUUUUCACAUUUUAGAACUCGUCACUACUUAAAGCAACAUUUUUAAGUCGCUGCCACACUCUACCUCAGCCUACUGUGUUGCAUCAACUGCUCUCAUUUUCUUUGGCAGAACCUGACUGAUUACUGCUCAGCCAAUCUUGGGCUGUUACACAUGUGUCUGUAUUGAUGUACAAUUUGUCUGAUUUGUGCUAAUAUAUUUUUUCAAACACAACUGAAAGAAACCGAAAAGUUGGGAUUAUUUAAAAAUGUUAGUUGUCUGUAGCACGAAUACCAGAGCAGCAUCGCAGCUGAAGAGACAGCGCUGCACUAAGCUGGUAACUAGUUUAAAUAUUUUCUUUAGCAAUACAAAUAUAACGUACUGUAAGAAUAUCAGCUGAUAUGUUAUCAGAGGUUUUUUUUUUUUUUUGCUUCCUAAAAAUCAAUAUCAGCCCCAGUAAUCCAUCAUUGGUCAGGCUCCAGUUGUCAGCCCAGCAAAAACACUAAUAUAUUCCUUUGAGGCAGUUCCAUCUAUCAGUACAGCAGCAACGUGCAGACCUGCCUUUACACCCCCCACUGGGCUGCUGUAAACACACACAGUUUCACACAUUUCCUGUUUGAUUCCUUCCGUGUGUGAGAGAUUAGAAGCAGGACGUGCUUGUUAAAGGUACUUAAACCCCGCUGAGUUUACGGUUUUUGUUUCUUGCUUUUAUGCAUAUUUGUGUGGAUGUGUCUGUCGUGUACGAGUCACUGGAAAGUCAAUAGAGGAAAAUGAAGUCCCUCUGUAAAGAAACUUCAUGUUGUUAAAGUGCAGUCAUAGUGUGCACUGCGGUUUUUAUUGUUUUUCUAUUUUGAACAUUUUAACAUUCCUUUGGACAUUGUAUAAAUCCCAGCUCACCACCUUCCGCUCCAAGCUGAGACAAUGAUUUGCUGAUGGACACUGUGGUUUGCGUAUCGUUCUUGUACUGGACACAGUGUGGCACUGGUUUUUGUCUUCCACAUAGACAAAAAAGAGAGACAACCUGAGGCAGUGAAUUCAGCAUAAGGCUGUUGCCAUGUUGACUCUUUGAUAUAUGUGGAUAAAAAGGUUGAACACCAAGUUAUCAGCUGGCAAUAACUGACUUGCUUGAUUAAAAAAGUGAACAAAAUAACUGAUAUAAACGAGCUGAAAGCAGCGAUACUGUCUGUGGAAACUGGGUUGCCUAUUCCACUGAUACACGAGGACCAAAUAACAGUGAUGAACUACCACAACCGCUUGUGACUUGAGUUCAUCGGUGAGUGAACAUUCUGGCUGUCUCACCUUGUCAGGUACUCCCACAGGCUUCCAAGCAUGUAAAUCUACUGUUCUUUGAGGUCUGCUUACUGAUGUCGUUCUUUUGAUGAAGAGUCGAUGAUUGAUGGAGAAAUGGUGAUCUGGUACGUGAGAAGCUGAUGCUUGUUGAACGGGAGUCUGUAGCCAGAGAUGUUUUGUAGUCAUACCCUGUAUAUAAAAGAUGUACGUAGUCACAGCAUUCCUGCGUUAGUAAAGUCCCAGUUGAGUGUUGUCACCAUCACCAGCUUAGCUCUUUGAACCCAAUCAGGGGGCUGGAUCUGAUUGGGAAACCGAGGGACACUACAUGCUCAUUGGCUAAUGAUUCAUCAAUCACCAGUCUGUAGCCAAUGAGCAUGUUUUAAUUUAUCCUCGUCUUUGAUUCUCAGGAUCAUAAUUUACAAAAUGAAAUUAGUAUCCAGUUUGACUUGAAACCCUCAAUUGACCCAUAACCUCACCAGGAAAGUGUUUACUGAGGUCACAAACAGGCACUGCAGAGUCAAUCCUGCUGCCCAUUAGUAACAAUGUAGGUUUAAGUCAUUUCCACAUGGGCUUCACGUUUCAGCCCCUGAAGCUACAUCAGUCCAAUAUAAACAGAAUUUACAUUUGUAGCCCACACCUAGCUGGCAACAAUGGCCUUAAAGGCAUUUGGUGGCUACGUCCCUCUUCUGUAUGCAGUUCAUGGUCCUGCAGUUGUGUGUGGCAUUUUAAUAACUUGAUUAUACUUCUCCUGGCUCAGUAGGUAUAGUUGCUUAUAGCUUAGCAGGGGUGGGUAUGGUCGGACAUAUUUGUUGGUGAUGGUCUUUUGUCGAACUCUUUCUCCUUUAGUAUUUGCUCUUUAUGUGGGGAAGUUAUUAGUUUCAGAUGACUGCAGGCAUGAAAAUUGAUGGCGAAACAGAUUUUGACGCAACUCCAGAAACCAUAUACCAGAGUUUUAGUAGAGUGUGUGUGUGUGUAUACAUAUUUUUAAAAAGUGUGUGUGAUUUUUUUUUUUUUCUCAGAUCUGCUGUUGUUUAAUGUUUUAAUACACAGUACUACAAGCUGUAAAUUAGAAAAAGGUAAAGCACUGACUCAAGUAUGUCAGUACUCCCCUCAGUACUUGUGUCCAUACACGCAACCCACCCCCAUUCAAAGAAGACUGUUGCUGUGUGUCAGCUUAAGCCUGAAGUAUGUAAUUCCCAGGGUUAGUGUGUCAGAAUGUAGUCCAUACAUUUGUCACUAAAUUACAUAAAACAGCAACUAAUGACUCAUAUGAAUAUACGGGGGUUUGUUCAUCUGGAGCUGAGAGCUCGGUGAUGACAGAGGAACCGUCUGAGGGAAAGCUGUAACUUAGGCUGUAUAAAUCUGGCGGUGUAGAGCAGGCUCUGCAAGGAGCAGUUUUAGGAUAUUUCUUAUUUUGUGUGUUAAUAUCAUUGUACAUACUGAUUUUAAGGUGUAACUGUAGUGAUUUAACCUGUUUAAUAAGAGAAGGUGAAAAUUCUCACAAAUAAAGUAUUCUUUAAAGCUG